AUGUCUUCCGUUGCGUCUGUUGCACCUGUGCCGCAACGCCCUGGUCCCCCGACAGUUUCAAACGUGGAGAGAUCUUUGAUAGCUCCUGACGAAGUCCUCCGCAGCUUUAAACGCCGCAAGGUCUCGUACGAGCGCAAGCACGCUGCAAAGUAUGACCCCACCAAGAAGGACAUCUACACAUUGUCACCUGACGUUCUUCGCGUCAUCUACGACAAACUCGAUGUGCCAACCCGAGUCUCCUUGUCGUUGACCUCUAAGUUCUUCCUCGAAAUGAGCCAGAGAAUCAAUACUGCUGUCACUGAUCUUCCUACCCCUGUGCGCCUGCACCAGAAUUGCAAGCAUCUUCCUUGCAUCUACACUAAUCAUCUGAGCUCCCGACGUAUCCUCCUCUUGAUGCUUAAAACGUGGAUGCCUCAUGGAACCACCCUUUGCUGGAUCUGCCUCAAGUACACCAGAACCAGUGCUUCCAAGUGGAAGGUCACCAACCAAUUCAACCUCCAAGGCUUUAAUCGUAUUCGAAUCCCAGCUCUAGACGCGCUCAAUCUGAAGAAGGUCAAAUGCCACGUCGAUUGCUUGCCUGCCAGUAACACCAACUUGUCGGGAUGGCUCUAUCGACGACCAGGUGCGACUGGUGGAUUCGAUAGCAAGUCUCAUGGGGCUGCUCGUGCCAUGCUUAUCACCCCAGCCACGGAUCGCUUGAUUGAAUAUGAUGCUGGUGCGGAUGACUUGUAA